AUGACUGCUCAAAGUAGGCAGAAGAGCUAUCAGGACAAGAGGAGGAAAGACUUGGAAUUUGAGGUUGGUGAUCAUGUAUUCUUGAGAGUCACUCCGUGGACUGGGGUUGGUGGAGCAUUGAAAUCCCAAAAACUCACACCUCGUUUUAUUGGUUCUAUCCAAAUUCUCAAAAGACUCCAUAAGUAUAUUCAUGAUCCAUCUCAUGUGAUUGAAUUGGAUGACGUACAAGUGAAGGAGAACUUGAGAUAUGAAACAUUGCCUUUGAGGAUUGAGGAUAAGCGAACAAAGCACUUAAGAUGGAAAGAGAUUUCGUUGGUCAAAGUGAUAUGGGGAGGUGCAUCAGGAGAAGACACCACGUGGGAACUAGAGUCAGAAGCGAGAAGCCUGUCCAACCUUGUUUGA